CACCAAAGACAAGCAAUUCCUUUUCAAGCCUAAUCAGAGCUAGCAAUGACUCCUCGAAACCAACUAACUGUUGUUUCCACCCUCUACUUCCUUGCUCAAAGUUAGGUUUCAACUCAACUUCGAAUUUUUUGGUCAAAUUCUGCCAUUUUAAGCGCGAAAAGGGAGAUAAUUGGAGUCUUAGAGAGAGUCUCGGAGUUGAAUUCAGUUUGUUUUGCUUUCUUAGAGAGAGAAAGAGAGCUCUUUGUAUCAGUUUCAGAGAGAGAAGAUAUUGGAGUAAGUUUUAGAGAGAGAAAGGAGAAAUGAUUUGGUUUGAUUUUUUUCUGUUUCUUGACGAUUAAUUUGUAAAUAUGGCUAUGGUGAGUCAUGUGCCUGUUGCGAAAACGCAACAAGCGAGUCCAUUGAGGUUGGUUGAAUUUAGAAUGCCAGGAAAGAUGGCAAGUGGUAGAGAGAUUGUGGAAGAAACGGUAGCAAGAGUAAUUGAAGAGAAGAUCUUCGUUGCUGUAGGAAAAUCUGUGAAAGAAUGUAAAUCGAUGUUAUUUUGGGCUUUACAGAAUUCAGGAGGCAAAAGAAUUUGUGUUUUUCAUGUUCACCAACCGGCGCAAAUGAUUCCUUUCAUGGGUACCAAAUUUCCGGCCAGUAAGUUGAAAGAACAGGAAGUGAGGGCAUACUGGGAAAUGGAAAGGCAAGAGAUGCUUAAGAUGUUAGACGAGUACCUUUUUCUCUGUCGAAAAAUGGGGGUGCGGGCUGAGAAACUAUAUAUUGAAAUGGAGUCUAUUGAGAAGGGAAUUUUAGAACUCAUUUCUCAGCAUGGGAUCAGGAAUCUUGUUAUGGGAGCAGCAGCAGACAAGCGCUAUUCCAAGAAUAUGAUGGAUAUCAAGUCUAAGAAGGCCGUCUCUGUUUGCCUUCAAGCACCUGCUUCUUGUCACAUAUGGUUUAUUUGCAAGGGGCACCUUAUCCGAACACGAGACAGGAAAGGUGCUCUGGAUGGAACUGAUACAGAUGUUAGAUCUUCAUCACAGCAAAAAAGUCCAAAUACAGAAGCUGGACAAUCAAAUAUUAUGAGAUCACAGUCUAUUUUCUUUGGACAGCACCAUCUUGGAAAACUCACCAAUCCAGCUCAAGAUUUAUUCCGAAAGGUAAGAUCUCUGAAUGUUAAUGGACCUGGGGGGAGAUUAACAACUCCGACUUCACCAGAUGGAGGGCCUUCAACUCCAUUGAGGUCAGAUGCAGACCGGAGUUCUGAUCAAUAUGAUGCGUUAUCAAGGACUACUUCCCAAAAUUCAGUUUUCUCAUCAAGCUCUUCCAGUGGAACGGGCAAUGUUGCUUUGAUUCCGCUUUUAGGAAUUGAAGGGAGUGAGAUUGGGUCAGAGUUAAGCACAGUGCCUCAUCAGCAGGAGGAUCUUUUCCAGUCAUCUCCUCCCAGUGUACUGGAUGGAAGUAUAGAGGAUCCUCUAUAUGAUCAACUUGAACAAGCAAUGGCUGAGGCCGAAAAUUCAAGGCGUGAAGCAUCUGAAGACGCGGUCAGGUGUGCAAAAGAAGAAAGGGACGUUGUUGAGGCCAUACGCAAGGCCAAAGCAUCAGAAAGCUUGUAUACAGAGGAGUCAAAACGAAGAAUAGUAGUUGAGGAAGAAUUAGCAAAAGAAAAGGAAGAACUUGAAAACAGAAAUAAAGAACUUGAAAAGAUAAAUAAAGAACAGGAUGAAGUCAUGGGAGAACUUUGCAUUGCCCAGGAUCACAAAUCACUGCUGGAGAAGCAAAUUGAAGAGUCUGAUGAGAUGGUAAAGGAGUUGGAGCAGAAAAUCAUCUCUGCUGUGGGACUUUUGCAAAAUUACAAGAAAGAACGGGAUCAUUUGCACAAGGGCCGUGACAAUGCACUGAAAGAAGCCGAGGAGCUGAGGAGAAACCAAACAGAGGCCUCAAGCACGCACAUGCCUUGGUUCUUCUCUGACUUCUCUUUCUCAGAAAUUGAGGAGGCAACUCACCACUUUGAUCCAUCCCGUAAGAUUGGGGAAGGGGGGUAUGGUAACAUUUAUAAAGGCGUCUUGCGCCAAACCCAGGUGGCUGUCAAGAUGCUGCACUCUAAUAGCAUGCAAGGUCCUGCUGAAUUUCAACAGGAGGUUAAUGUUUUGAGCAAGAUGAGACAUCCAAAUCUUAUCACCCUUGUUGGAGCAUGUACAGAAGCGUGGACUCUUAUUUACGAGUAUCUUCCCAAUGGAAGCCUCGAAGACCGACUGAGCUGCAAGGACAACUCUCCGCCUUUGUCUUGGCAAACUCGAAUACGCAUCGCCACUGAAUUAUGCUCUGUCCUCAUCUUUCUUCACUCUAGUAAACCACACAGCAUAGUGCACGGUGACCUUAAGCCUGCUAACAUCCUCCUUGAUGAAAAUUUUGUCACUAAACUAAGUGACUUUGGAAUCUGUCGUUUACUGGAUCACAAGGAAGGUUCUAGCAACAACACAACAAUAUGCAGAACUGAUCCCAAAGGAACUUUUGUGUAUAUGGAUCCUGAAUUUGUUUCCACUGGAGAGCUUUCUCCAAAGUCAGAUGUUUAUUCAUUUGGAAUUAUAUUGUUAAGAUUGUUGACUGCAAGGCAGGCCUUGGGUAUAACAAAGGAGGUGCGGUAUGCAUUAGAUAAAGGAAACUUGAAAACCCUCUUGGAUCCUUUGGCUGGAGAUUGGCCGUUUGUGCAAGCUGAAAUGUUGGCUCACAUGGCACUAAGGUGUUGUGAGAUGAACCGAAAGAACCGGCCAGAUCUUGCAUCAGAGGUAUGGAGGGUACUCGAGCCAAUGAAGGCUUCAUGUGGAACGUCAUCUUUUUCCCAGCUUGGUUCGGAAGAGCAUUUCCAACCUCCUUCAUAUUUUAUAUGCCCCAUUUUCCAAGAAGUAAUGCGAGAUCCACAUGUAGCAGCCGAUGGUUUUACUUAUGAAGCAGAGGCCUUGAAAGGAUGGCUAGACAGCGGACAUGAUACUUCACCCAUGACCAACUUUAAGCUGGCACACUGUGAUCUUAUCCCUAACCGUGCACUUCGCUCGGCAAUUCAGGGGCAGCUGCAGCAGCAGCAAACAAGUUCUUAGCACAAUAGAUUGUAUAGUUGUUUCUUGAGAGGUAAUAGAAAUUUCAUAACAUGUCUUUUUACCUUUCUUUCGAAUCUUGUUUUUGUUCGACUUAGGCAUACUACAGUCAUCCUGGUGUAUAGAAGACAACCGAAUGCUUACGUCACAUUAUGUUAUUGAUCUUGUACUUUUAUAUAUUUUAUUAUUGCUUUUA